AUGCAUACCGCCAACGGCUCGACCCCCUCUCCGAGCGCCGCCAACAGCCUCGCCGACGCAUUCAAGAGAGCAGCACACAGCGCGGAGGAGAUCCCGUUGCCGACUGAUGAGGUGGCGGAAGCCACCGUUCCCGACACGUGCCCAAGAGACACACCAUCGGGCCUGGCCGACGACGGGCGCGAGGUCCAGGUAUGCGAAGAAGGAGAGAGGACCGGCGACGCGCCAGGCAACGGCGCUAUGUGCUCUCGACGCGAAGGUCCCGUGCCUGAGGAGGGAGACAGAAUCAUGGUCAUGAAGGAAGCUUGGCUGCAGCUCGUCAUGAACCGUUUAAAGACUCUGGAGAUCCGCGGUGCACCGGCUGCGUUGGGGAGAACUUGGCUGGGCUGCAAUGGCCAAAUUCACGGAGCAGCCAACAUCGUCAACUGCAGCAUCAUCACGGAGGCAGACUUCCAAGCCACAAGAGCGCAGCACAGGCACUUGGGAGAAAUGCCCAACUACAAGAAAACGUACGCCCUGGCUCUGCAAGACGUGACGCAGCUCGAGCCAAGCAUCGACUACUAUCGGCUGCCAGCCACAUCACCGUGGGCGGUGUUUCGCACCGGACCAACUGGCAAAUCACGUCGGUCGGGGGCGCAGAAAAGAACUUUGGAGCAAGCGCAUGACACGAAGCCAUGCGAAGACGUGCCGACGGAGCUCCGAGCCGAAGCCAGCCCGAUGCCGCUGACAUCCGGCAUGGUGGACGCAGAAGAGCCUUCGCUCGGGGCAGGAGACCGGACGGACGAGCAUGACGACAGGAACAAGGAGUGA